AUAAACUUAUUAAAUAGUGAGUUUGAUAUCCAGUGCAAUGGAAACAUUUAAUCUCUGGAGUGCGACUCUUGACAAGGCCAACAAAGAUAAACAAUGGGCUUCAAGUGACGACGAAGAUGUGCGCAUUUUAAGCUUCAGUAAUGUUUUCCUUGGUGAUAGCAGCAAACAAGGGGAGCUGAAUGUUGUUAACAUAGAGUAUACGGACGUUGAUGGAGAAGAUGUCAGCAGUGUUUUUUGUGUCCUGCAGAAAGGAGUGACGGACACUAUUCAAAUCCAGCUGAAAACCUCAGAAGACUUCAAGCUUGUUCUCAAAAAAGGAAAUGGUCCAGUGUACGUCAUGGGAACUCAGAGUACCCAGUUUGUCAAUGACAUGGAUGAUGCGAGUAUGGACGAUGAAGAAGAUAUGGACGAAGAAAGCGAGGCAUCUCCUGUGAAAUUGGUGAAAGGAGCUGGGACCAAAAAGAAGUUCAUCGAGGCCGAAGAAGAAGACAGCGAAGACGAAGGCCCAGAGAAAGUGGAGAAAUCCCCUCCUGCUAAGAAGAAGAAAAUUGAAGAACCAAAGGUAUCAAGCAAGCCGGAGCCGAGCAAAAAGCCUGAAGCUGCUAAAUCAGAUAAAACAAAGACUGCGAAGAUCCCAUUACCUGCGAUGGAUCCGGAGGAAGACGAUGAUGAUGAUGAUGAUGAUGACGAUGAAGAUGACGAAGACGACGAAGUACCGAUGCUAGAAACAAACAAAGAUGGAGAAGAUGACAUGGAUGAUGACGAGGAAGAUGAUGAUGAUGAGGAAGAAGACGAAGAAAAUAUAGAUGAAUUGAAGAAGUUGAAGGCAAAGUUGGAUUUGGACGCCGCAGAAGAUGACGAUAAAGAUGAUGAUGACGACGAUGAUGAAGACAUGUUGGAGGAAGAAGACAAUGACGAAGAUGACGAGGAUGAGGAGAAUGAGAAGCCGGAAGUGAAUGGAGACGAAGCGGGGUCGGAUGAGGAGUCGGAUGACGAGGAGUUGUUCCAGAAGGAGGCUGCGAAGAGGGAAAAGGCGAUUGAAGCUGCGAAAGAACAGAGUAAGAAGAAAGGGAAGAAGAACAAGUCACAACUCCCCCCGCCCACCACUGCCAACUCACAGCCCAAGAAACAACAACAACAACAACAGAUGAAUGGUACUGCAACAAGUGCGAAGAAGAACAAAGACAAGCGAGCUUCGGAGCCGCCAGCUGCCCAGCCGACGAAAGAGACAACAGACUCGAAGAUAAAAGAGAACACACAGGCUGUCAACUCAGAAAGCACAUCAGCUUCGGGAAAGAAAUCUAAGAAAGAGAAAAGGAAGUCGAUGCCUGUGACGUGGACAUUUGAGUCGGCCAAGAAUUUCCUCUCUGAGGGUAAAGUGGCCAUGCCCAAGACAGAGGAGAAGUUCACGAACUUUGCUAACAACAGAUUCCAAAUCAACGACAAGAAAGUCGUCAAGCAACUGUGGAACCACUUCAACAAAAACUAGAGGCAAAGAACCAAACAAACAAAGACAGAUCACAUGUGCUGGUCUUCUGCAAUGGACACGUGAAUGAAACUCGCUUGUUUUCGUUUUGCUCCCCCGAGGCUACAUUUGUUGAUGAUUUCCAAAUAUUAACUUGAUUGCUUCCUUAUCAUAACUUGAGUGCAGAUUUAUUAGUAGACUGCAGGCCACAGUCUUUUUGCCAAAAAUUAUGUUGAAAAUUUGUCUUGAAAAAGGAGUGGUCCGCGUUAUAAGUCGAGCAAAUCUCUAUUUAUACUUGAGUUUUUGGUUCUAGAAAAUGCAAGUUGAUUUGGUGACGUGAGUCUAAUCGUUUGUUUUCUCUGUUUUUCUUAAUAAACAGGAAAUGAAUAAAUUCUCUUCAUCGGCA